AUGCAUACUCACACUCUCAUCCUCAUUCCCAUCCUGGUGGUGGUUUUACAGUUCCUUCUCCGCGUAGGAAAAGCCCUAUUCGGCCCCCUCCGCUCACUCCCUGGCCCAUUCAGCGCCAGGUUCACAAGCCUAUGGUACUUCAACCGUGUGCGCCGCGGCCAGUUCGAACACGACAAUAUCCGUCUGCACGAGGAAUACGGUCCAAUUGUGCGUGUUGCCCCAAACCACUACAGCAUCAGCGACCUCUCCGCUGUCCGCACGGUCUACGGGACCGGGUCGCGUUUCGCCAAGUCGGCGUGGUAUGAUGGGUGGAAACACCCGGCGCAGUGGACGGUGUUUGCGGAUCGAGAUAUAAAGCGACAUUCCGAUUCGAGAAAAAGAUUUACGAGUCUGUACUCGAUGAGCUCGUUGGUGCAUUACGAGGCUUUGGCAGAUGACUGCGCGGAUCUGUUUUUGAGAAAGUUGGCCGGUUUUGCAGACCGGCAAGAAUCCCUCAAUCUUGGAUACUGGUUCCAGUGUUAUGCUUUUGAUGUCAUUGGGAAUAUCACCUUUGGGGAACGGUUCGGAUUUCUGGAUGAUGGAAUCGAUAUAGAUGGAGCUAUGGAUGCACUGGAUAACGUAUUGAUGUAUAGCACGUUGGUCGGGAUCUAUCCAGAAUGGCACCCGCGACUCUUCGGCCCAUUAAGCCGAUUCAAAUGGUCUGGCGCGGGUGGGAGAGCGUAUCUCAGCAGUUUCGUGAAAGAGAAGAUCCGACUCCACGAAGAGAAGAGAAACGAUCCCGAACCAGCGAGUAAUGGAUUCAAGACGCAAGAUUUCCUUGAGAAACUGAUGAGUGCGCGCGACAAGGACCCGGAGAAAGUGACGGAUUAUCACCUCUUCAUUAUGGGCCUGUCAAAUGUCAGUGCCGGAUCUGAUACCACGGCCAUCAGUCUGUCGGCUAUUGCGUGGAAUCUGCUUCACAACCCCGAGACGCUCAGGAAGUUGCGACAAGAGAUCGACGAUUUUACUGCUCAGGGGAAAUGCAGCGCGGAAGUCACUUUCAAGGAAAGUCAGGAUAUGCCGUAUCUCCAGGCUGUUAUCAAGGAAGCGCUACGCAUGCACAGCGCUACCGGGCUGCCCAUGUGGAGGGUAGUCCCUGAUGGCGGUGCAGAAAUCAGUGGGCGCCAUUUCCCUGCCGGCACUGUAGUCGGCAUCAAUACCUGGGUGGCACACUACGAUGAAAAAGCGUUCCCGGAUGCAAAGACAUUCAGACCAGAGAGAUGGUUGGAAGCCGAGAGUGAUCCGGAGCGGCUAAAGGAAAUGAACCAGAUGUAUAUGCCUUUCGGCCUAGGUUCCCGAACAUGCUUGGGUAAGCACAUCUCUAUCCUCGAGAUGUCUAAAUUGAUUCCACGGCUUGUGCGUGACUUCAACCUCACUCCUCUACGAAAGACAUGGCAUACGGAGAACUUCUGGUUUGUCAAACCGAUGGAUUUCGAAGUCCGUGUGCAAAAAAGAAUGCAAACCCCAGAAGCAAAGUGA